AGCGCUCAGAUCUGCUGAAAUUCACCACAAUGUGAGACGCAAUGAAAGCAGGGGGAGCAUCACUACAAAACACACUACAGAGAUGGAGGAUGAUUUAUUCCAACUAAGACAUCUGCCUGUUGUCAAGUUUCGCCGAACGGGGGAAAGCGCCAGAUCCGAAGGAGACAACAUUUCAGGAGAGCAUGAAAUUCAGAUUGCCCCUGUCCAUACUAAUUUGGAAGCAGUGGAGCUGGAAGAUGGAGCCACAAUCCCAAAGGAGUUUGCCAAUCCAACUGAUGAUACGUUUAUGGUGGAAGAUGCUGUGGAGGCCAUUGGUUUUGGAAAGUUCCAGUGGAAGCUCUCUGUACUCACUGGUCUGGCCUGGAUGGCAGAUGCCAUGGAAAUGAUGUUACUUAGUAUUCUGGCUCCACAGCUUCACUGUGAAUGGAGAUUACCCAGCUGGCAGGUGGCUCUGCUCACAUCGGUGGUGUUUAUUGGAAUGAUGUCCAGUUCAUCCCUCUGGGGCAAUGUUUCAGACCAGUAUGGCAGGAAGACUGGUCUGAAGAUCAGUGUCAUCUGGACCCUCUAUUAUGGGAUUCUCAGUGCAUUUGCUCCAGUCUAUAGCUGGAUUCUUGUACUUAGAGGGCUGGUUGGUUUUGGAAUCGGUGGUGUCCCUCAAUCGGUGACUUUGUAUGCAGAAUUUCUACCCAUGAAAGCAAGAGCCAAGUGUAUAUUAUUGAUAGAGAUCUUCUGGGCUAUAGGAACAGUGUUUGAGGUGCUCCUGGCCAUCUUUGUGAUGCCCACUCUGGGCUGGCGUUGGCUUCUCAUCCUCUCUGCCCUGCCACUCUUUCUAUUUUCCAUCUUAUGCUUUUGGCUCCCAGAAAGUGCCAGAUAUGAUGUCUUGUCAGGAAAUCAAGAAAAGGCCCUUGCUACCCUGAAACGAAUUGCAACUGAGAACGGGGCUCCCAUGCCCCUUGGGAAACUCAUCAUUUCCAGGCAGGAGGAUCGUGGUAAAAUCCGAGACCUUUUCACACCUCACUUUAGAUGUACAACACUUUUGCUUUGGUUUAUAUGGUUUUCCAAUGCUUUUUCUUACUAUGGACUGGUCCUUCUAACUACAGAGCUGUUUCAGGCAGGGGAUGUAUGCAGCAUUUCCAGUCAUAGGAAGACUGUCAAGCCAAAAUGCAGCCUAGCCUGUGAAUACUUAACUGGUGAAGAUUAUAAAGACUUAUUGUGGACCACUCUUUCUGAAUUUCCAGGGGUAUUGGUGACCUUAUGGAUUAUUGACAGAGUUGGCCGAAAGAAGACUAUGGCCAUCUGCUUCUUUGUCUUCUCGUUCUGUUCUCUUCUCCUAUUACUUUGUGUUGGAAGGAACGUUCUCACUGUCUUACUGUUCAUCGCAAGAGCUUUCAUUUCAGGUGGAUUUCAAGCUGCCUAUGUUUACACCCCAGAGGUAUAUCCUACAGCGACACGUGCAUUGGGUCUGGGAACCUGCAGUGGGAUGGCUCGGGUGGGAGCAUUAAUUACACCUUUCAUUGCACAGGUGAUGUUGGAGUCUUCUAUAUAUCUCACAGUGUUGGUCUACAGUGGUUGUUGCCUUCUUGCAGCUUUGGCCUCCUGUUUCCUGCCCAUUGAAACCAAAGGCCGUGGCUUGCAGGAGUCCAGUCACAGAGAAUGGGGACAGGAAAUGGUGGGAAGAGGAACACACAAUGCAGGGGUGACUCCUUCAAACUCGGGUUCCCAGGAAUGAUCUCCUUUCUUCUUCACCCACUGCACAGACACAUAACCCACGAACAGACUGUCUCACAUUUACUAUUAUGUGGUGGGAUCUGAGUGGACAGCAAAAGCAAAGGAAAUGUGCAGAGCUUUUGUUUUGGGGUGCAGGGCAGCUAAUUAAUUGUGCUAAUCAGAUAAUUAAGGACAAUAAUGUAUAUCUAGGUCCUUCAGCUAACCUUUGUGACUAUGGAAGGAUUAGGAUAUGCACACUACAUAGAUGCUCCAUAACUUCACUAAAUUUGCUCUCUAGGAGAACACAGGAACUGAAGUCUCACCAGAUAAUUAUGGGAAUUCAAAAGCCAGUCAUUACUAACAAAUGCUAAGGAUAUACACAUGCAGUUUAUCUGAACAAAUGUAAUUCUGAUUAGAAUAUGUCUCAUCUAGAUUUUUGUUAUAACUAAGGGCCUGAUUAUAAAAAAAACUACUUUAGAUCAUCAGGUCUUAUAUGAGAAGACUGGCUCAAAAUGCUCAGACUUUACUGUACUCACCUAAAAAAAAAAAAAUGCUUCCUAAAGAAAGGUUGUCUUGCUAAAAACAGGCCAGACAGUAUACAGCAUUGCAGAGCCUUGUUAUAAAGGGUGCUGCACUAAACCCAUAUAAAUGUUAAUAUUAAAACUGCCACUCACAUAGGGUAGACAGUUGUGCAAGUUAUUUAUUAGGUGACAAUAAUACCAAAUUCAAAUAACUUAUGAAUGAGACUGUGGAUGCAAUACUGGAAACAUAAUCUGAUAGAAAACACAAAGUUGUCUUUUUCUACGAGUUGAAAUCUCAAUUUCUGUUACAUUAAUCAUAUUUAUAGUCUUUAAUUCUUUUACUGGAUUUACCACAUUCACUUUUUGCAGUAUGACCAUUAUUUUUGUUUGUUUUUUAAAUACCACCGUUUUAUUUUACUGCCUUAUUUUUCAAAGAAUGUCUCAUGUAAGUGUCACGUUCCAAGUUUCAAAAAUCAGGUUGUGUUUCCUCUGGAAGAUCUAAUGGCGCCUUAAUUAAAUGACAUGUCCCAGAAGACUUUAGUAAAAAAAAGAAGCUAUAAAUCACAAUGUCAACUUCAAAAAUCUACCUGAAUUCCAGUUUUGCAGCAAAACUUAACCAACCUGGAUAUGACAGGGUCACUGGGGUAGGCUGGUAAUUUGUGAGAAAGCUUGAACUUUAAAUGAGAGCAAGAUAGCUAGGAUGGUGUCUGGCCUGUAUCCUCACUGUUGCCAUGGUGACGGGUGGCAGUAUCAGUACACAGUCAUUGUAACAUCUGAAAGAUGUUAUGCAGACAGAAAAGUGAAUGUUCGUGUUUGAAUGUACAGAUUUUUGCUGAAUGCAUCUCAGUGUUUCUAUGUGUAAGAAACUUGUUUUAUGAUCUUCUGUCCACAAUGCCUUGUUGACUUGGAUUUUACUGUAUGUUGAAUAUUUUAUGUUGAUUAAAGUUUUUAUAUUAAACUGA